UCAACAUUAACCGUCGGAAAUCAACGGUCAGAUUCUUGCCGUGGUACAAUAAUUUGCAGAUGAAAUGUCACUUUAAUCUCAUCGGUUUCAAAGUUAAUUCUCGAAUUUCGUUUUUCUCCCAACUGCCGAAGCAAAAGCUAAAAACGAAGCAUUCCUAACACAUGACCAAAAUCUUCUAUUUGGAAUUUGCAAUACGUAACCUCCUUUUUCACAAACACCUGCCAUUCAAUCCUGAAUAUCGUAGGAAAAGUUGUUACAUAAAUUUGUCCCUUUUACAGCAUUGCUCCAGCCGGAAAUUUUCAAGCUCCACAUGAUCGGUUAAAGCAUCAAAUUGUAGCAUCCCUUUUACACUAGUCUUUGUUCACUUUUAGGGGUUCCUGAAGGCUGAACAUUGAGAAUCUGAUCGUCCCCAUUCAGCAUCAGUGUUUUUAUAGGUAUGAAGUAUUAUGCAGGAUCCUUCUAAUGCCAGGUUUUUAAUUCAUGGUUCUGGUGGAGAUAACUUAUUGAGAGACUCAGGCAACCUGCUUUAUUGAAGUAUUGGAAAGUUCUUCCAGAAAAGAAGCUAAAUUGUUUAAUUCUAUCUGAGGUGACAUGGAAGCUUCUCUUUGAGUUUUGAAUCAUCCUGAUUGUAGGCCAUAUUUCCUGGAGAUCCUGAGAAGCAGUGUGUUAAAAAGUGGAAUGGGAUGGAAGGGAAUUUUGGUUCCGUUACUAUUCUCCAUCACUUUGGUCGAAUCAUCCAGGAAUGCUGAAAAAAUGUGGUCGCUAAACGUAGUUUCAGGAUCAUCUCCACUUUAUAGCUGGGCUUUGUACAGUGCUGGUUUUUCCGUACUGGUGGCUGUAGUCUUGUCUAUGUAUCUAAUCGUCGAGCAUCUAGCUGCAUACCAUCAGCCUGAGGAGCAGAAGUUUUUGAUUGGACUAAUCUUGAUGGUUCCUGUUUAUGCACUGGAAUCGUUCUUAUCCCUACUGGACUCGAAUGCCGCAUUCAACUGUGAGAUCAUACGUGAUUGUUACGAGGCUUUUGCAUUAUAUUGCUUCGAGAGGUAUCUGAUAGCCUGCUUAGGUGGAGAGAAAAACACAAUCGAAUUUAUGGAAAGUCAAAGUGUUGUAAGUUCCAGCUUGCCUCUAUUGGAUGAUGCCUAUGCAUAUGGAGUUGUUGAACAUCCUUUUCCAUUGAAUUGCAUGAUCAGGGAGUGGCAUCUUGGCCCUGACUUUUAUCAAGCAGUAAAAAUUGGGAUAGUGCAAUAUAUGAUACUUAAGAUGAUAUGUGCUUUACUGGCUAUGGUUUUUCAAUUUCUUGGCAUCUAUGGUGAAGGCAAAUUUGAGUGGAGAUAUGCCUAUCCUUAUUUGGCAGUUGUUCUUAAUUUUAGCCAGACCUGGGCUCUAUAUUGCCUUGUGCAGUUUUAUUCAGUCACCAAGAAUAAAUUAGCACCGAUUAAGCCAUUGGCAAAGUUUCUUGUAUUCAAGUCGAUUGUAUUCUUGACGUGGUGGCAAGGUAUAGCUGUUGCUUUUCUUUUGUCUUUUGGAGCAUUCAAAGGUUCUUUGGCACAACUAUUGAAGACACGAAUCCAGGACUAUAUCAUCUGUCUUGAGAUGGGUAUUGCUGCUGUGGUGCAUCUUUAUGUUUUCCCAGCAGUGCCUUACAAGCGCGGAGAAAGAUGUGUCAGGAAUGUUGCUGUGCUGUCAGAUUAUGCAGCUCUGGACACCCCACCAGACCCAGAGGAAGUUCAGGAUUGUGAAAGGUCUACCCGUAUACGCAUUUCUCGGCCUGAAGAGACGGAGAAGCGUUUAAAAUUCCACCAGAGUGUUCGUGAUGUAGUUGUUGGAAGUGGUGAAAUAAUAAUUGAUGAUAUGAGGUUCACGGUAUCUCAUGUUGCGGAACCAGUUGAAAGGGGAAUUGCUAAACUAAAUAGGACUUUCCAUCAGAUAUCAGAAAAUGUAAAACGGUAUGAAGAGCGGAGGAGGAACUCGAAGGAUGACAGUUAUCUUGUUCCACUGAACUCAUGGACAAAUGAGUUCUCUGAAGUACAUGAUGAUCUCGUUGAAGGGAGUAUGAGCGACAGUGGGAUGCAUGGCAAGCGACCACAUCAUCAAUCUAAAGGGAUGUCAUCCCUACGGAGAUAGUAGACUAUUUAAUCUAACCUAGAAGCAGAGGUUUGGAUUUCAUCUUCUAACCAUAUUGUUCAUUAACCAUACUGUGGACAUAUUUCCACAUUGAGAUGAUAUGGUAGGUAAACUAUAUUCAGGAGUGCGCGUGAAUAUUGAGAAGGCACUUGUCUAGGGUUGAAGUACUGUAAAGACUUGAAUAGCUGAUGAUUUUCAUGUGUAAAGCUUGGAGGAAAAUUUGGGCAAUGACAUGGUUGAAGCAAGCUGAUAAGAUAGUUUGUUGUAUGAUGAGGAAAAACAAAAUCUUAAGCUACUAAGUUUUGACAGAUUUCCAAAAGAUGUAUGACUGUUAACUUGUGAAUGAAUUUUUGCACUAUUCUUCAUAUUCUUCUAAAUGUUACUUAUUUGAGGAGUUGUUUCA